AUGUCGUCGACAUCAUCAAACGUCGUCUUCGACGAUAUCUUCACCAUCUAUGCUAUCGACAAAGAAGGGAGAAAAUUUGACAGAGUGUCUCGGUUGUACGCGCGGUCGAGAAACUACGACAUGGACAUGACACUGGACUAUGACGUAGAACUAUUCCCUGUAUCAAAUGACCAAACUGUUGCUAUGGCUCUCGCAUCGUCCUUGUCGCGUGACAGUGCCCAAGCAGGUGCUGGCGAAGGGGCUGAUGUGGAGGACAAGGAUAGGGAUGUUUGGCGUCCCGAUGGCAAGGGUAGAAGGGGCCUCGAGGAAGAUUACGACUACGUGAUGUACGGAAGGGUCUACAGAUUCGAUGGAGGAAAUGCCGAGACAGUGACGGUGUAUGCAUCAUUUGGAGGACUACUGCUAUCGCUAACGGGGUCCUUCCGCCACAUGGCAAACAUCGUAUUGAACGACCCAAUUUUCAUUUUACUUAGAAAAUAA